GAAAUUAUAUAAUAUAAGCUAGCUUGGUGAUAUAUAAUGUUGUACUUUCCAUUAUUAAUAACGAACCAUUCGGUUUCAUGAUACUAUACCAUCGGCAAGGAGAGAUGUUGGAGAGUUGACUGAGUUUAUGACAACAACACACGUUGUUGUUGUCGCUAAGCUAGCUAGCUAGCUACAUGCACCUAGCUAGCUAGCGGGAUUAUAUUGUUAAUUUACAGUUUACAAAACGUUGAUUUGAUUGAACGACUGCGAUCUAUUCAGUUACAAAAUUGCAUUAUUUGUCUUUGAUGUACAUUUGCUCCACAGAGUUUAGCCAACUAGCUAGCUAACGUUACUGUACACGUGAAGACUACCUAAUAUGGGUCGCCGCAAGUCSAAGAGAAAGCCCCCUCCAAAGAAGAAGCUUACUGGAAAUUUGGACACUCAAUUCACCUGUCCAUUCUGCAAUCACGAAAAGUCAUGUGAUGUGAAAAUGGAUCUGUCAGAGCCUGUGGACGUGUACAGUGAUUGGAUAGACGCUUGUGAAGCAGCCAAUCAGUAGCCCAGGCUCACCGGGGCGGAAGACCUCACGUUGGAACAGGAAGCUGAUUUAGCGGUGGCUCUCGUCUGUUUCUCACCAAUCACUGCCAGUCUUCAGCCCAAGAUAAUGAUCCCGUUCCAGGCUGACUACAUUGCAGACGUUGCAUUGCAUCAACCAAUAGUUGCGUGCCACGUCAUCAACUGCAGUUGGGCAUCAUAUUGCUAUGUCAUGUGGUUAGCUGAUAUGUGAACCAACUAUCCAGACGUUGUGAGAUCUGGCAGAUGCCUGCAAAUGUAGUCAGCCUGGUYAGCAACCUCUGACCUUUACCUCACAUCUCCCACACUAGUGACCUGGCGUCCACCGAGACUGUCRGGCYUAGCCAUAGUUCAGUCCAGAGCCCUGUAUAGGUUACGCCUCAAAUGGCACCCCAUUCCCUAUGUAGGGCACUACUUUUGACCAGCUCCCGUAGGGCUCGGGUGGGAAAUAGUGCACAAUGUAGGGAAUAGGGUUCCGUUUGGGAUGUGACCUUAGAGGUAUAUAUGACUCUGGUUAAGUCAACCUAUUCCCCUACUCACCAUUUUAAUUAAUACAGACUUCAUUUUACAAGCGGUCAGUUGUCAUGGCUCCUAGUUUACUGGUAGGAUUAUACAGUUAGUAGCUGCUCUUGGGUUAGUUUGUACUCUCCCCUGUGUCCAGUUCUUCUAGAGAUACACAACACCACAGUGMACAGCAACACCACAGUGUUGGGUCAUUCCAUUGGGGUGUAUURGGUGUAACUCUGAGUGUGUUUUAUGCGGAGUAACUCUUCAUGCAAACUAGUGGGGUGUUCCAGAAAGCAGGAUUGUUAAGUUAGCCAGCUAACUUUGAUAUGCAGUUAAAUAUAUCCUUAUUUUAUAUUUAGAAAGUUAAACUUGAAUAUGGGUUGUUGUUGGUUGUCAAGUCAAUUAUACCAUGAUGAUUUUUUUGGGGGACUGUUAGCUGGCUAAGUCAUUGAUCCUGCUUUCUGGAACAGUCUAAACUCAAGUGGUUUAUGAAAUAUUUUCUAUGAAUAUCCCAGGUCCUUUUUCUCAAUGUGAAAAUGGUUACGGUAUCUCCCUGAAGACAUGUUGCACCAUUCCUUUGURAGAGAAAUGUACUAAAAGGGAGAGGUAGGAUGGUACAACAGUAGGUCCAAAUUACUAUUAUUGAUUUGAUUAUUUUAGUUUUUCAAAUGAUAAGAAAAUUGGCAAGAUGUUGCAAUUGGUUGCCCUUUGUAAUAUUGUGAUGAUUUUUAUUUUCAAUGUGACAAAUUAAAAAGUGUUGUAUUUUGACACCCACAA